AUGUCGCUCCCAGAGUACAAGCAAGCCUUCCUCAAGGACUGCGUCGAGGCAGGUGCCCUCAAGUUCGGCACUUUUACCCUCAAGAGCAAGCGCAUCUCGCCCUACUUCUUCAACGCGGGCCUAUUCCACCGCGCCGACCUGCUGCGCUCUAUUUCCUCAGCCUAUGCCCACACGCUGGCAGCGCACUCCAAGGCAGACCCGUCCUUCCAAUUUGAUGUCCUCUUCGGUCCAGCCUACAAAGGAAUCCCGCUUGCCGCUACCGCUGUCGACAAGCUCGCCGACGUCGACGUAGCCAAGUUCGGCAAGAAGAGCUACAGCUUCAACCGCAAGGAGGCGAAGGACCACGGUGAGGGCGGCAACAUCGUCGGUGCCUCGCUCAAGGGCCAGAAGAUUGUCAUUGUGGAUGAUGUUAUCACGGCUGGAACCGCCAUCCGCGAGGCCAUUGACAUCAUCAAGAGGGAAGGCGGCGAGCUUGUCGGCAUCAUCGUUGCGUUUGAUCGCCUGGAGAAGACGCCGAGUGCGACCGAUGACGAUGGUCAGCCCAGGCCGAGCGCCAUUGGCGAGGUCAGAAAACAAUACGGCAUUCCGGUGCUGGCUAUCCUGACGCUCGACGACGUGGUUGAGUACCUGCGGGGUCUGGGCAGCGCCGAGGACCUGCAGCGGCUGGAUGAGUACAGGGAGAAGUAUCGGGCCAGCGACUAG